AGUAAAAGUGUAAUAGCAUCGGCAAACCCAGAAACCCAACAACAGCAACAGCAACAGCAGCAGCAGCAGCAGCAAAGAGGAGGUUUCUUUGAACUGAAUGGCGCUUCUUGCUUUCAGACCUCGCAAUUCUUCUCUUCGUAUUCUAAUGGCUGCGGCUUCCUCUUCUUCUCGCUUCCUUUCUUCUUAUUCUUCCUCUUCUCUUACCCCCUCUUUCCGCCCCUCUUUUCCCCUCACUCACAGGGUGAAUUUCAGAUUGAAAAGGGUUUCGAAUGGCUCACUGGUUAGAAAUGUUGCAUUUCCUAGAGCAUAUAUUUCUUCCAGUACUGCCACUGAGCCUUCUCAGGAAAACAUGGCUUCGAAAUCGUAUGGGUCCGAGCAAAUUCAGGUCUUGCAGGGCUUGGAUCCUGUUAGAAAAAGGCCAGGGAUGUAUAUCGGAAGUACAGGCCCUCGGGGUUUGCAUCACUUGGUUUAUGAAAUCCUCGAUAAUGGAGUUGAUGAGGCACAAGCAGGAUUCGCCUCAAAGAUCGAUGUUAUCUUGUUUCCUGAUAACUCCGUGAGCAUUACUGACAACGGACGUGGGAUCCCGACUGAUGUGCAUCCAGUGACGAAGAAAUCUUCUUUGGAAACUGUCUUGACGGUCUUACAUGCAGGUGGCAAAUUUGGUGGUUCAAGUAGUGGGUACAGUGUAUCGGGAGGAUUGCAUGGUGUAGGUCUAUCAGUUGUAAAUGCAUUAUCUGAGGCUCUGGAAAUCACAGUUUGGCGAGAUGGAAUGGAGUACAAGCAGAAAUAUGCCCGUGGAAAGCCUCUGACAGAUUUGUCAUGUCACGUGCUUCCACCAGAUUCUGAGGAUCGCCAGGGGACCUCUGUCAGGUUUUGGCCUGAUAAAGAAGUAUUUACUACUCAAAUUCAGUUUGACUAUGACACAAUAGCUGGGCGGAUAAGGGAGCUCGCCUUUCUAAAUCCGAAGCUUACCAUUGCUUUUACCAAAGAGAAUGAAGAUGCGGAAAAGAAUCAGUAUAAUGAGUAUUACUAUGCUGGUGGAUUGGUUGAAUAUGUUAAAUGGCUAAACAUUGAUAAGACACCAAUUCAUGAUGUUGUUGGGUUUCACAAAGAAAUUGAUGGUGUAACUGUUGAUGCAGCUUUACAGUGGUGUUCGGAUGCAUAUUCAGAUACAAUGUUGGGUUACGCCAACAGCAUACGUACAGUUGAUGGUGGUACACACAUCGAUGGCUUCAAGGCUUCAUUGACAAGAACUCUGAAUAGUUUGGCAAAGAAAUCAAAGGCUAACAAGGACAAAGAACUUACUUUAAGUGGCGAACAUAUAAGAGAAGGAUUAACUUGUGUCAUUUCCGUCAAAGUGCCAAAUCCAGAGUUUGAAGGACAGACAAAGACAAGGUUAGGAAACCCGGAAGUUCGGAAGGUGGUUGAUCAAUGUGUACAGGAUCAUCUCGUGGAAUACUUAGAGUUGCAUCCUGAUGUUUUAGAUUCCAUCCUUUCAAAGGCUUUGAAUGCACUAAAGGCGGCUCUGGCUGCCAAAAGGGCUAGGGAGCUAGUGAGACAGAAGAGUGUCCUAAGGUCAUCUUCUCUUCCUGGAAAACUUUCUGAUUGCUCAGCCACAAAUCCUGAGGAAGCAGAAAUAUUUAUCGUCGAGGGAGAUUCAGCUGGUGGAAGUGCAAAGCAAGGCCGGGAUAGACGAUUUCAAGCUAUCCUUCCCUUAAGAGGAAAAAUUUUAAAUGUUGAGAGGAGGGAUGAUGCAGCAAUGUACAAGAAUGAAGAGAUUCAAAACCUAAUUCUUGCGUUGGGACUUGGAGUGAAGGGUGAAGAUUUCAAAAUGGAAGAUCUUCGCUACCAUAAGAUAAUCAUAUUAACUGAUGCUGAUGUUGAUGGUGCUCAUAUUCGAACUUUAUUGUUAACAUUUUUCUACAGAUAUCAGAAAGCUUUAUUUGAUGUAGGUUGCAUCUAUGUGGGAGUUCCUCCCCUAUACAAGGUUGAAAGAGGAAAACAGUUCUAUUAUUGUUACAGUGAAGCUGAACUUAAAAAACUCCAGCGUAGCUUCCCUUCAAACGCAUCAUACAACAUUCAGAGAUUUAAAGGGUUGGGUGAGAUGAUGCCUGCUCAACUUUGGGAGACGACGAUGGAUCCAGAAAGUCGAUUGUUAAAACAAUUGACUGUUGAAGAUGCUGCUCAGGCAAAUAUUGUUUUCUCCUCACUCAUGGGGGCCCGGGUUGAUGGGCGCAAGGAGCUUAUACGAAAUGCAGCUAACUUUAUCGAUCUUGAGCAGUUAGAUAUAUAAGAGAUGGGAUGUGGAUAUGCACUGGUUACAGCUUUUUACACAAAGACAUGGCAUAUUGCCUGCCUGAGGCAUCACAUGUCAGACUUUCAAGUAUUCGAAGAUCAAUCGAGAAAUCAACGCCCUUCUGCAGAACAGUGAGACACUAUUAUGUUCAAGCAUACGAUUAUCGAUAGACCUCUCAUCUAGCAUAGAAAGGGAUUGUUUUGGUUAGUGUUUUAGAAAUAUGUACAGUUUUAUUGCAAUCACGCUUAUUUUAAUUUGCAGUUUGUAAUCUAAUACUAUUUACUUAAUUUAAGCACAUAAUUAUGUUUAUGUGUACCAAACUACAAAUGUGAAAUUUCAGGACGUUGACUUGAUGCUGUAUAUGCAUUCUUAUUUCUCAA